AUGAACCCAGCUGUUGAGGUAAAGGCUUUUUUCCUGGGUUUUAUUGGAUGGGUGAUGUCUGGUAUCGCCAUUCCCCAUCGAUUCUGGAAGGUAUCGUCAAUGGAUGGAAACCUUAUUACUACAUUGGCUGUGUAUGAGAAUUUGUGGAAGUACUGCUUAAUCGACUCCACUGGGGUCCACAACUGCCAUGAAUUUACGUCAAUGUUAGGCUUAUCCGGUUACGUCCAGGCGUCGCGUGCGCUCAUGAUCGCGUCUAUUGUGCUGGGAACCUUCGGGCUCAUCGCGACACUGGUGGGCAUGCAGUGCUCCAAAGUAGGAGGAGAGAACUACGUCCUGAAGGGACGGAUAGCUGCACUUGGAGGCGUCUUCUUUAUUUUGCAGGGUCUAUGCACCAUGACUGCUGUGUCUUGGUAUGCUUUUAACAUCACUCAGGAUUUUUUUGACCCCCUCUAUCCUGGAACUAAGUUUGAGAUAGGAGAGGGGCUGUAUAUCGGCUGGUGUUCAGCCACACUGGCCUUGAUAGGAGGAUGCUGCUUGCUGUGUGCCUGUGGAACUGGAAACAAACAGGAAAAACGACCAUAUCCUUACCAGACUCCCACCAGAGGAACAGCCUACACAACCUCAGUCAUGUCCCAGGAACAACCCAACCACUAUGGCCGCAACUCAUACGUGUAAGGAGAA